AUGUCUUUACAAAUUUGGAAAGUUUCUAUCUAUCUAUCUAUCUAUCUAUCUAUCUAUCUAUCUAAGGAAGAACGAUAUACCGAUUAUAUAUAUAUUAGAAAAUACGAUCCUUUUUUAGAUUUAUACAUCCUGCCUCAACCAGCACGUAUUUUCUUCUUUUUUUUUUCUUUUUUUACCAUAAAUUUUUGCUCAUAUCCAUCCAUGUCCAUUUUCUUUCUUUUCUCAACCCUUUUCUCUCAUGUGUAUUUGUCCUCCCCACAUAUUCUCAUUUUCUCUAUUUUUGUCCUUUUAGAUUAUUACAUCCUGCAGAGCACGUAUUCUUCUUUUUUUUCUUCUUUUGAAGACAUGUUUCUACAUCCAUUUCUCUUUCCCAACCAUAUUUCUCUUUAUGUCCCUUUGUCCUCCUCCACAUAUUCUCAUUUUCUCGUUAGCGAGCAAUCCCUUUUUUGGGUACCCAUCCCUACCGUUUUAUUUUCUUUCUUUUUUCUUCUUUUAUGA